AUGUCAAUGAUCAGCCGACUCUCAGAACAUAUCCACUCAGUACCAUACAUUGAUGUAUCAGACUUACAGGAUUACUCUGUCAAUACCAACAUUGCCAAGCUAAGUGGUAUCAAAAAGUUGAUAGAGUCUUGCUUCAUACUCAUUUCUGGUACUAGCCCAACAUCGACAACUGGUGACUCUGUCUCUGGCUCCAACAACAACACCUCCACAACCUCCAACAACAACAACAACAACAACAAAGUUAUACAGUACACUGCCUCCAGUGUCAUGUUACCACCUAUGGAUCAUGAGUAUAAUGGCCACAUCAUGUCUUUGGACGGCGACAAGUGUUCAUUGUUAUCACUGGCCACAUCCAAGUGGACAUCGAUCCAGGAUGUAAUCAAACGACCAUAUAACUAUGUACCAACAUCGGUAGUAUACGCUCGUGGUGAUGUAUAUGUAUUUGGCGGCCCCGAUGCACCAAACACAUACUCACGCUUCUCCCUUGCCGAGAAACAAUGUUAUGAUGAUGACAUCUUUGGUAUCAUUGGCUGCACGUUUGCAUCGGCAUGCUUUGAUGGCAACAGGCUUAUCUAUCUGGUGGGCGGCAAUCAUCAGGGCCAUAAGUCUGAUCGCGUCGACUGCUUCAACAUUGACACGCAACAGUUCUCGUCAGUGGGCACGCUGCCUCAUGGUCUGGCAUUCCCCUGCAUCUACUACCACAACAAUGCCAUCAUUGUAGUUGGUGGAGAGAAGGCUGGUGGUGGAGGCGGAGGCAGCCACACAGAGGUACUUCUAUUCAAUGUCCGCACACAUGUAACCGAUGUGCUCAUCAAGGACAUUAGCAUAAGCCAGUAUGACUUUAGUUGCUUUGAUGGCGAGGACAACAUAUACGUUCACGCAAAGGACGGCUUCAUGCGCUAUACACUGUCGACCAAGCAACCAACCAAACUGUCACGCUGUCCAACCUAUGGUCAGCUUCGCCAGAUGGUGUAUGAUCGGUCUGUUGGCAUCAUCUGUCUCGGUGGCAAGGGCAACAACUAUCGAUACACCACUCAAGAUGAUCAUUGGACACGUCUCAACGAUGAUGAUCCCGUUGCCAAUCGUACAUGGUACGGUGCUUGUUUGAUUCGUGAUUAA